AUGGAAGCUUUGGUAUGCAAGAAGCUUGGAGAUCCAACAAUCCCACCAAAUUCAUCAGAAAAUGGUCCUUUUAGUUAUAUAACAACAUACCCAAUUCCAAAACUUGAUACUCCAACUUCAGUCAGAGUUAGAAUCAAAUGCACAUGCUUAAACUUUGCCACAGGACUUCAUGUUCAAGGCAAAUAUCAAGAAAAAUACCCCGUGCCUUUCAUCCCUGGCUCGGACUACUCAGGUGUUGUUGAAUCGGUCGGUCCAAAUGUUACAAAGUUUAAAGUGGGAGAUCGUGUUUCUUCAUUUGCGUAUGUUGGUUCUUUCGCGCAGUUUAUUGUUGCUGAAGAGCGUGAAUUGUAUGGAGUUCCAAAUGGGUGUGAUCUAGCAGCCGCAGCUUGCAUUCCAGCUGCCUAUGGAACAUCAUAUGAGGCAUUAAUUCAGAGAGCCAACCUUAAAUCGGGUCAAGUGUUGUUAGUACUUGGUGCAGUUGGAGGUGUUGGUCUUGCAGCUGUUCAAAUUGGAAAGAUUUGUGCCGCUACUGUCAUUGCCGUGGCUAGAGGAACUAAGAAAGUUGAGUUUUUAAAGAAAGAGGGUGUUGAUCAUAUUGUUGACUCGAGUAAAGAAGGUGUUAUUGAAAGCGUGAAGAAGUUCUUGAAAAUAAGAAAACUCAAAGGGGUUGAUGUUUUUUAUGAUCCCGUUGGAGGCAAGAUUGCAAAAGAAAGCUUGAAGUUGUUGAAUUGGGGGGCACAAAUUUUGGUUAUAGGAUUCGCAAGUGGUGAGGUCCCUGUUAUCCCUGUUAAUAUCGCCCUUGUUAAGAACUGGACAAUUCAUGGACUCUAUUGGGGCAGAUAUGAUGCAAAUAAACCAGGUGUACUGAAAGACAGUUCAAAGGAGUUGCUAUCUUGGUUCGCAAGAGGCUUAAUUACCAUUAACAUCUGUCAUUCAUACAAACUACAAUAGGCAAACCGUGCAUUUUCAGAUAUCAUAGACCGAAAAGUAAUUGGGAAAGUGAUUAUUACUUUUGAUGACUCCACAACUAUAACUUCUUCUAAGCUUUAGGCGAGUAGUUCAUUUACUCAAGUAUGUAGAAGAUGUUGGCAAAUCCCUUACAUGACCCGGGACAAAUGUAUAACAUACGUUUAUACUUAUAGAAAUAAGCUUACCUUUUUAAGAGGUCUGUUAAUGUUUAUAAUACGAUGAUGUUAUAAGGAAUGUUCAAAUUUAUAGAAUUGAAGUAUGA